AUGUCCCGCGUCGCGAGCCACCCAGCCGUGGUGGGCCUACGAGCCGUUUUCGAAGACGACAAAGAGGUGCAUCUGGUGAUGGAUCUGUGCGAAGGCGGCGAGUUAUUCGACGAGGUUGUGCGACUCGGGAGACUGUCAGAGCGCGACGCGGCGCUGAUUUUCCGACAACUGGCCUCCGGUGUCGCUUUCUGCCACUCGCGCGGCGUGCUCCAUCGCGAUCUCAAACCCGAAAACAUCCUCCUCCACAGAUCAGCCCCAUCCGGCGCCGUCCCCGCAUCUUCCGCCGCCGAUCCCGCUCUCGCCGCGCCCCAGUCUCUAGAAUCCCGCGGUCUGACCGCGAAGCUCGCAGAUUUCGGCCUUUCGAUCGCUCUGGAUAACGGACGCAUGGGUUACGGUACAGCGGGCUCGCCCUUUUACAUGUCGCCCGAGGUACUCACUGGCGAGUAUGAAUACGCCGCGGAUGUGUGGUCUCUGGGCGUGAUUCUCUACAUCAUGCUCUGCGGCCGGCCGCCGUUCUGGGGGAAAACCGACGCCGCGGUCUACGAUGCGAUUCUGCGCGGGAAACUGGACUUUUCGGGCCCCGCGUGGGCGGGAGUGUCGGUCGAGGCGCGCAGUCUGAUUCGCUGCAUGCUCCAGAGCGACCCGAGGCGGCGCCCGACGGCAGUGAAGGUGCUGAGUCACCCGUGGGUGCUGCUGCACCUGUACGGCAUCCGCUCUGCGAUUCGUAAGAUGCGCGUCGCAAAUGUCACCGCGACGAGCUCGCAGUCGCGAGACUCGAAUGCCGAUCGCCGCGGCGAACUCGACGAUCGCGGCGGAAGCGCCGCUUGCGCUGCUGAUGAGUUAGGCAGGGAGGGCGUAGGCGGCGGAGGCGGCGGACUAGACGCCGCUGCGGGUAAUGCGCGAAGUGGUGGCGGAGACCGCGGAAGCGCGGAGGCGGAGGUCGGGGGAAACGCGGUAGGGCGGGAUUGCGGUAGGGCGGAGCAGAACGACGGGGGCGGGGGAGCCGCCGCCCCCGCGGAUCCACCUCAUCGUGUUCGGUUCAUGCAGCUGCAGAAGUUUCUGCGAAGCUGCGACGAGUCAGACUAUAGUGCCCUCACUACAUGUAUUCCCCCCUUCCUCGACCCUCUUUCCCGCUCCCCUAUUCCCCCUCCCCCCGUUCCCGCUCCCCGAUUCCCCGUCUCCCCGUUCCCGUUCCCCAUUUUCCCUGCCCCUCUUUCCUCCUCCUUGUACCGCUUCUGUCCAUGUUCAUAG